UGCGUGGAAUAUGCCAGUGAUUUCUGCGGCCAUUGUAAUCAGACCGUGGGCCUUGAAGGGCAGAAGCAAGUGUCGUGAGUUAGGAAAUCCUCAUUCAUCUAAACUCCUUGGGAGCUUGCCCCAGGAAGAUGCACGCCUGGACUCAAAUCUGGAUGGUGGCCCUUGGGACGCUAGCAGGUACAGUGGAAAUCAACGUUUUUGAUGCCUCGAAAGAGGGGAGCAAGGCAGAGGUUCGAGCAGAUGGCUCCGUGAAGGCGAUGAUGCGAAGAGAGCGGGAGGAUUACAUGGCACGUGAGGCAGAUGAGGAGGAAAUGGAAGAGCCUUCGGGCAGUGCCUUCUUGAGGAAGCGUGCUGAGUUGAAGGCUGCCAACAGCACAAAGACCCAGGACGAAGAAGACGAAGCUCUUGCACCAACUGCUGGUCAAGAGGACGAGACGGAACAUGCAGAGGGCACUUCGGAUUCAACUGAGCCAGCAGAUGUGGAGACUGCGGGUGGCAGCACAGCAGGCAACACGGCUGGCAGCACGGACGACAGCAGCACAGACAGCGCAGCUGACAAUGCAGCUGAUCGCACGGCUAGCAUUGGGGUGGAUGGCAAGGCUUCCAGCACUGCUGGGAGUAGUCCAACAGACAGCACACCCGACAGUGCUAGUGACAGCAGUCCUACAGAUGGCACUUCCGGCGGUGGUGGAGACACAGCCAGCAGCCCCACAGACAGGACAGACGACAGCAAUGGCGGAGGAACAGCCAACAGUCCCGCAGACAGCACUGCCAACGCUGGUGGAGGAAUGGCUAUCAACAGUCCUGCAGACAGCGUGGCUGACAGCGCGGGCGGAGGAACAGCCGCUAGUCCUGCAGACAACAUCGCCAACACCGGUGGAGGAGCGGCUGAUAGUCCUGCAGACAGCACGGCUGAUGGCAGCAGCGCCAUCCCGAACCCUGCAGACAACACAGCCGACGGCACUGGUGGCAGCACGGUUGAUAGUGCAGCUGAAAGCACUGCUGCCAGCACAGAGGACAGCACAGCUGGGACCGGGAUGCAAGAAGGAAACAGUGCAGUGCCAGAGCCAGCUGAGAGCGAAGCAGAAGCAGGUGGAGCGGGCUCACAUGAGGCGACGCAGCAGAGCACAGAAAGACGCACGCAAUUCCACAGAAGGAACAGGAGGGAUGCCAGCCUUGUCUCUAGAGCUGAGCCGACUCGGACAACCUCGGGCACAACUUUCUACUUUACCCUGGUCUCCAGCAACAAGUAUUGUGCCAAUGCCAAUGCUGGUUACAAGAAGAAUGUGGGGAAUUACCAGACAAAAGCGUGCUUUGAGAGUACGUGUUAGCCGACGAGUCAUGUGGCAACUACUUUGACUUUGGCGUCGUGGAUGGUGCCUGCGAUUGUGUACCCAAGAGUCAAACAGAUUGCAAGGAGGCAGAUGCGGAGAAUUAUCAUGUGUAUUUGGUCCAGAAGGGAGGGCCCGAAGCACUGAUUGAAGUGAACGAUCAAGGCAUGGAAGUCCAGGCGAAUGGCGAGCCAGUUCAGAAAGAACCCAAAGAGUGAGCCGGGGCAAGCGCCGAUUUCCAUGUCAUUUGAGGCUAAAAUGGCCCAAAAUGACCUGUUUAGCUCGGAUCAAUCUCAUGAACAUGUUAAACGGCCGCUGUGCGCCUACUGGGGAAAAAGGUGCGGAAGGAUGUCGCCUGCUUUGCACAUGGAGACUUGAGCAGC